CCUAAACCAACCGCAAGCAUGAUCCAAGGUUCACGUUCAGCAAACAGCAGGAAAGAAUUUCUCCUCAACAUCUUCCUCUUACUCCUAACUACAAAAUUAGACAAAAGCUUUCAGUUAGCGCUGAGUGACUGCGGAUCAGAAUACAGACGUCCAGAGUACACAGACAUCUCUGUAGACUGUGGAACGGAGUACAUCAAUGUGGCUAUCAAAUUCUGUCCUGUCAUGUACACCGGCUACAACGAAUCAGAGUUAAUCCUCAACAAAGUCAUGAAUAACCCAGAUUGCAGGGCGACCCUUGAUACUACAGUCUUACCUCCUAUAGCCCGAUUUAGGUUCCUGCUUAACUCAACCAAUGCCUGCGGCAGCAACUUUGUUACAAUAAGGAGUAUAGGGACAGGAGUAUUCUCGGACUUCUCCAAUAUCGAGACGGUCAACAUCAGUGGAACUGUUCAAUCGAAAGACAUCACAACAGGCACUGUGACGUAUAACGCUGAGCUGAAGUACUACUACUCAUGCGUCUAUCCUCUGGAGUACCUGAUCAACAACACUCGGGUGGAUGUGUCGGCCUCCUCGAUUGCAGUAAAAGACAACAAUGGCAGCUUCAUCAGCACUCUGAGUCUCAGACUCUUUAAAGACAUAAACUACACAGAGCCUCUCACCAUGCCUCCCCUCGGUAUUGAGCUGAGGACAAAUGUGUUUGUGCAAGUGGAGGCCACCAACUUGACCUCCCAGUACUUUGUGUUGCUGGACAGAUGCUAUGCCUCCAUUUCCACUACACCCACCACCAGAAACUUCUUCAACCUCUUUGUGCCUUGCGGCAGAGAACAGCUCACUAAAAUGCUGGUGAAUGGGGAGAUGCAGCUUGCUCGGUUCUCGUUUGCGGCCUUCCGCUUUACAGAGCAGCAGAACCAGACAAUAUCUACAUACUAUCUGCACUGCAUCACAAGACUGUGUGAAAUAUCAACCUGCAGUACAUUUAGGCAAUGUGGCAAACGAAAAAGGAGAGACAUGCCUUUGACCACCACUCCUUCUCCAAAUGGUGUCACAGAAACCACCACCAUCACAUCACCAGCCAUCGUCAUCCGCGCAGAAAACGUGGUGGCAACAAAAGAGGAAGAAGUCACAAUCAGCACGAAAAAACCUUCAGACUCCUCUUUGGGUCUUGGCGUGGCUGUGGGCAUCCUGGCAUUCGCCUGCAUCAUGACCGUAGCAAUGGGAGCAGUUUUCUACAAGAGACACUGGCACAACGCACCUUCAAAAAUGCCCCGGUGAGAUGAGACACCCUGUUCCUGCUCCAAGAGAGGACUGCCAGUCCCCGCCAGGACGAUCUCUCACCGCUGGAAGGCUGAGCAGGGCUCAGCGUAGAACUGUUUUGGACAUCUUGAUCUUUCCUAUAGUGCUUCUUGGUGAAUAAUCUAUAGCAUAAUGUGGUUUAGAAGAGCAACAGUGCACGAUAUCAGCUCUACACCUUAAACUUGUGUUUAAGUGUAGCUUGGAUCUGGGAAUACAUGUUAAAAAGCUUAUGUAUAAAAAAGGUUUAUACAGUAUAUAAGGCAAUGUGAAUUCUCUGUAAUUUUGUAUUUUCGAAUUGAAGUGCAUUAAAAAUGAAAGUAUUGACCCAUAAAAUGAAUCCAAUCCCAAUGAGCGCACGCUGUGGUACCUGUAAAACACAAAAAGGAAAUAAAUCUGAAUGUGUGUGGAGGGUUUGGAGCUCCCUAAGACAGUCCCUAAUACCUUCUAAAAUGUUAUAUGUGUUAUUUAUUAAAUACUACUCUUUCUGCUUAACUCUCAUGAAAUUUUGACACCCCCAUAUAAAGACUACUCGUGCACAGGCCAAAACAUCCCUGCAUUUACAAUGAAACAUAACUUUUAAAUCAACACU